UAUGUCCCCUGGAACCUUCACGAGCCACAGAGAGGCACAUCUGACUUCUCCGGGAACCUGGAUCUGGAGGCCUUUGUCCGGCUGGCCAUGGAGGUUGGGCUGUGGGUGAUCCUGCGUCCAGGCCCCUGCAUCUGCAGCGAGAUCGACCUUGGCGGCCUGCGCAGCUGGUUACUGCAGGACCCGGAGCUGAGACUGAGGACAGCUGACCAGGGCUUUGUCCAAGCGGUUGAUGGGUACUUUGAUCAUCCGAUUACCAGAGUGCUUCCUCUCCAGGUAAAACAAGGAGGCCCCGUCAUCACGGUGCAGGUGGAGAACGAGUACGGUGCGUUCGCCAAGGACUGGACAUGCCUUCCGUUUUCUCAACAGGCCCUGCUGAGCAGAGGAAUUAUGGAGCUGCUCUUGACCUCAGACGCGGAGAAAGAUGUGCUCGAAGGCAGCAUAGAAGGAGUGCUGGCCACCAUCAAUAUAAACUCAUUUCAGAAGAAUACUUUUAUGCACCUUGAGACAGUGCAGAUAGAUAAGCCCAUUAUGAUUAUGGAAUACUGGGUCGUCUGGUUCGACACAUGGGGAGGUAAACACAAGGCUGAAAAUGUGGACACUGUGCUAUCGAUGCCCUUCUAG